AUGGGGUACAACACUUUAGGCCCCGAGAAGCGAAAACAGCCGUUCCGGUACACGUCAUGGAGCAAGCAAGUUUCCGUCGUAGAGCUCCGUGAUCAAUCGUUUUUGCUUCACUCCCAGGCACUUUCUAGCAUAAUUGCGGUCGUUCUCGCUUCACUCCCGGGCACUUUCCAGCAUAAUCGCAGCCCCGAGACGCGAAAACAGCUGCGCCGAUACAAGUCAUGGAGUGGGCAAUUUUCCGUCGUGGAGCUCCGUGACCAAUCGUUCUCGCUUCACUCCCAGGCACUUUCCAGCAUAAUCCCAGCCCUGAGACGCGAAAACAGCCGCACCGGUACAGGUCAUGGAGCAGGCAAUUUUCCGUCGUGGAGCUCCGUGACCAAUCGUUCUCGCUUCACUCCCGGGCACUUUCUAGCACAAUCGCAGACACGAAAACGGCUACACCGAUAUAGGUUAUGGAGCAGGCACUUUUCCGUCGUGGAGCUCCAUGACCAAUCGUCCUCCCUUCACUCCCAGGCACUUCCUAGCAUAAUCGCAGGUCCCCCCGAGACGCGAAAACAGCCGCACCGGUACAGGUCAUGGAGCAGGCAAUUUUCCGUCGUAGAGCUCCGUGACCAAUCGUUCUUGCUUCACUCCCAGGCACUUUCCAGCAUAAUUGCGGCCCUGAGACGCGAAAACAGCUGCUUAGGUAGAGGUCAUGGAGCAGGCAAUUUUCCAUCGUGCAACUCCUUGACCAAUCGUUCUCGCUUCACUCCCGGGCACUUUCCAGCAAAAUCGUCAUGGAGCAGGCAAUUUUCCGUCGUGGAGCUCCGUGACCAAUCAUUCUCGCUUCACUCUCGGGCACUUUCCAACAUAAUCGCAGGCACUUUCCAGCAUAAUUGCAGCCCCAAGACGCGAAAACAGCUGCGCCGAUACAAGUCAUGGAGCAAGCAAUUAUCCGUCGUGGAGCUCCGUGACCAAUCGUUCUUGCUUCACUCCUGGGCACUUUCCUGCAUAAUUGCAAGUCCCCCCGAGAUGCGAAAACAGUCGCACCGGUACAGGUCAUGGAGCAGGCAAUUUUCCGUCGUGGAGCUCCGUGACCAAUCGUUCUCGCUUCACUCCCGGGCACUUUCCAGCAUAAUUGCAGGUCUGCAAUUUUCCGUCGUGGAGCUCCGUGACCAAUCGUUCUCGCUUCACUCCCGGGCACUUUCCAGCAUAAUCGCAAAUCCUCCCGAGACGCGAAAACAGCCGCACUGGUACAGGUCAUGGAGCAGGCAAUUUUCCGUCGUGGAGCUCCGUGACCAAUCGUUCUCGCUUCACUCAUGGGCACUUUCCAGCAUAGUUGCUGGUCCGCAAUUUUCCGCUGUUGAGCUCCGUGACCAAUCGUUCUCGCUUCACUCCCGGGCACUUUCCAGCAUAAUCGCAGCCCCAAGACGUGAAAACAGCCACGCCGAUACAGGUCAUGGAGCAUGCAAUUUUUCAUCGUGGAGCUCCGUGACCAAUCGUUCUCGCUUCACUCCCGGGCACUUUUCAGCACAAUUGCAGCUUUCCGGGCUUAUAAACGCCCUUAUAGGGGGACAAUCUUCAUGCGGCGGGCCCGUUUGA